AGAGUUCAACCGUCUUGACCUUACCAAUUCCUGUCGGAGACCCUGGCCAUGACUUCAUCACUCUCCGACUGCCACGUGCUCGGUCCAUUGGCGAAAUUCGCCGAUCAGCACGAACGACACUUCGCCGUGAGGUAGCAUUGAAAGCUUCACAGAGAGAGAAUCGGCAUGCUAUCCGGUGAGAAGGACUUCUUAAGAUGGACGGUCCCCGUUUUCCUUGGUCUUCCACGUUGCAUCUGCAUUUCUAGUCAACCCAGAGCUCAAAGCCUCAGUAAACGAACCAUGUGGGGAAUCAACGCCGUGGCUGCGCUAGGCGCCGCAUUCUUGACUGUCGGUGUAGAGGCGGGGGCAUUGAGCCAGGCGCACAGGGGAUACGGAUAUAUUAAUUACACAACGAUUACAGGCUACUUUCUCCAAGACGAGCCGUCUACCAACUCGACCACCUUUGACUAUACGCAAUACAAUUUCGGGCUCAUCAAUCGCACGUAUCCUGCGACCAGCGGAUGGCCCUCGAAGAACGCCACGCAAUGGCAACAAUUCCAGGCGCAGGUCGAUGCGUUGAACCGUGAAGCACCAAAGGACACGGUGUACAAGGUCAUGUUCCUCGGCCGGCACGGCGAGGGGUACCACAAUGCUGCGCAGACUUUCUACGGCACUCCCGACUGGAACUGCUACGAAGCCGAAUUGAACGGAAACGCGACCGUCAGCUGGUUUGAUGCAGAUCUCGACCCCAAUGGCAUUGCCCAAGCUGAAACCGCACACAAUUAUUGGGCUUCCGAGUUCGUCAACCAGAAGACGCCGUAUCCGCAGUCCUAUUACACGUCUCCAUUGACGCGCUGUCUGCAAACGGCCAACAUCACUUUCAAUGGCCUCAAGCUGCCCAAGGAGUAUCCGUUCGUCCCCAAAGUUAAGGAACUAUUGCGUGAAGGGAUCAGCAUCCACACCUGUGACCGCAGACGAAGCAAGUCGUACAUCCACAACCUCUUCCCAUCCUGGAUCAUCGAGAAGCCCUUCACAGAGAAUGACGAGCUGUGGGACGGCGUGACCGCUGAGACCACCGAUGCCCAGAAUGCCCGCUCCAAGAAGUGGCUGGACGAAGUCUUCGCAACAGACAAGAACACUUGGCUCUCCAUCACCUCUCACUCCGGCGAGAUUGCAAGCACCCUGAGCGUGCUCGGCCACAUUCCCUUCCCGCUGAACACCGGUGCCAUCAUCCCCGUCCUGAUUAAAGCACAGUAUCUGCCAGCGGCCGAUGCACCGACACCGACCACGUGGGCAUGGACUGUCAGCACGCAUUGUGCGGCGUCGCCGAAGACGAGCAUUAGCUCGCUCGCUCAAGGCUGUGUCUGUACCGGGAAGGAGGGGGCGGUGACAACGCCUCUUGUGAAGGUAACCAACACCAGAACUCAGGGUCCGACGAGGUAUCCCGGCCCGGGAUUCAAGUGAAGGCGCGAGAAAUCGUAAAGCUGUAGAGCGAUAGCCGAGCAAUCC